ACUUUGAGUGUCGUCUCCCUCCAUUGCUUUGACGCAAAACCCUAACUGAGUAUGUGAGAGAGAAAUGGCUUCCAGAAGCGGAAUGAAGUGUUUUCCGAUAAAAGAUGUUCUUUCAUUACUCAGCCAGAGAGUGUCUGUUGUGGCGGUUAUCCUCGAAUAUUCCUUCCCUAAGACUACGAGAGGCACUGAUUACUGCUGUGUCUUAAGAAUAGUUGAUCAAUCACAUCAUGAAACCGGUAUGGCUGUUAAUCUUUUUUCUCUCACUGCUGAUAAGCUUCCCCAUGUUGCUGAAGCCGGAGAUGUGAUUCACCUUUGUAAUGUUUCGGUAAGAUCGUUUGAUGGGGAAUAUAAUCUCGUUUACAGUAAAGCAUUUUCCUCUUUUGCCUUAUAUCAAGGGAAAGAUAGUGAUGAUCUUGUUCCUUAUCAAGUUUCUUCUAAGUAUCAGCGUACAAAUGAGGACAGAAUAUGCAUACACGAACUUAGAAAAUGGCGGGUCAACUUUCAGCCAAAUGAUGGCAGACAGGAAUUUCGUUUGUUUAAAGAAAUCAAGGAAGGGGAUCACGUGAAUUUGGCAUGCAAGAUACUUCAUUUCGGUGAGGUUGCCAAAGAUGAAUGGUUUAUCUAUGUCUGGGAUGGUACUGAUGCCCCACCAAACACCAUACGUUCAAAGCUAGAAGAUGAAAUGAAUUGUCCACUUCCCUGUUGGGUCCAUAUUGAGGAUAACCUUUGAUGGAAGCAUUGACAAGAGUCAUUUUCACCUUCUAGACAAUGUUAAACUUAAAUGGAUUAAGUUGGUCAAUAUGCGCCUUGAAGUGCAUGCAGGACUAUGGCGUGGUUUUUUUACCCCUUUUACAAAGUUUCGAUACACUCCAGCUGAAGAUAAUCUCAUUUUAACACGCAAAAGGUUAUCUGACGAGCGGAUGUCUCGGAGAUUUGAAAUAAAUUAUUUGGGGUGUGUCCCUGGACCUUCAACUGUGACAGUUGUAACGGUUGAUUGUCAUUGUGCGCCGCAUGUUACUCUGAUGGAAGCCCUCACAAAUAAUCAGGUGACCGCCAAGUUCAAGUGUGUAGUUCGAGUGGUUGCAGCGUUGCCUUGCCAACCUGAAAUGCUCCGCUCUCCUGCUGGGAUAUACAGAAUGCGGUUGACCCUAGAGGAUGCAACAGCUAGAAUUCAUGCCUAUGUUUUUGCCAAGGAUGGGGAGACUCUUUUUGGUGGCUAUCCGGACACGGAUAGUUUGAGCAAGAAGCUAAACAAAUUGCUUGGAGUAACUGAAGGUGGUGCUACCAGUGAUAAGAGAAAUCCGCCAUGGGUUUCUGUUUGUCUUGAAUCAUAUUACCUCAAUAAAGAUGACACCUGGGGAACUAGACAUUUCAGAGUAUCCAGCACCAAAGUAGCGGAAGAAGCAUGAAGUGUUGUUAAGAAUGCUUUUCUCCACUUUUUUUGAGAGACUAUAUGUUGCAGGCUGUACAUUUUGGUGAACUAGAAAAUGCAGUUAUAUUUUGCUAGAGAUAUAGGACUUGCUUUGUAUGCAAGGAAAAAUGGAAAACCUUUGUUUUUUUGGUAAACUUUGAAUGUAAAUGUGUAGAUGAAAUGCAACCCUUCUGGAAUGAACAAUAGUAUAUCAGGGUAUGUAAGGAAAUGCUCAAUGGAACAAAUUUAUAUGAUAUGUGAA